AUGUUUAAUCAUCAUCAUUCGUGGCCGCCCUCAGAUCCUUCGGAUGAUCGACAUCUGCUCAAGAGUCCUCAGUCGGCGUGGAAGUUCUGCUGAAAUGGACGGCUGGCUGCCAAGUUUCUGGGACGCCACUAAGGGCGGAGAACCGACGCCGUGGUGCCUGUACAGGUUGCAGCGUGAGCUGGCGGAGCUCCACGCCGACCCUCCGCCGGGAGUGUACGUGGCGCCCGAGGAGAACGACAUGACCACGCUCCACGCCGUCAUCGUGGGUCCCUGGGGCACGCCCCUGGAAGGUGGCCUCUUCCACCUGCAGUUGAGGUACCCGCCCGACUACCCGAUGGUGCCGCCCCUCGCACGCUUCAUGACCGACGAGGAGAACGCGUCGUUCAGCAGCCACGUCAACGGCGAGUCCAUCUGCCUCAGCCUGCUAUGUACGGCUCCCGGACCGAGCUGGAGUCCCGCGCUGACCGUCUCCAGCCUGCUCGUAUCCAUACAGUCCUUGAUGACUGACGACGCUGAAGAGAGCGCGCGCCACGACACGGUCCGGGUGGCGGUGUGCGGCACGCUCGAAGACUGUCUGCGGGAAACGUCGCCUACGAUGCCGCCGGCUCUGUCGAAGCAGGUUCUCGAGUACUUCGCCGAGAACUACGCAAGGUACGAGGACGCUGUCGAAGCGCAGAUCAAUUCCGGGAAUGUACUCUCUUGGAUCAUGGGAAACGGUAAAGAUUACGAACCGCUGCUCAAGCGACUUCGCGAUAUCAAAAAGAGGGUCGACGAAAGGAACAGGACGGCCGAUGGACAACAAAAAGGAGAGUGACGCAUUGGUCCUUUCUCCGUUUUCGAGGGAACGCGGAGCUCGCCGGCAUGAUGAACGAACCACUUGUCAAGUUUGCUCGUACCUCUACAUGUGCCAGCGAAACGCGAAAUUAAGGACUCUUGAAGCAGCUGCACACAUUGGCGUGGCGUAUGCACUAAAUUAGGAGGCCACGCCAGAAAAUCGGAAUGGGUGAUUUCUAUGGUUUUAAUAAAAUGUUUGAUACGUCC